GGCUUGACCUGCAGGAUUUGUUGCUGGAGAAGGACCUGAUUCACGGGCAGCAGCAAGAAUGAUCUCGAUUUAAAUUAACAUCCCAGUGGAUCCUUUUCGCACAGUCGUCUCUGUAAUUUUUAUAUCGUGAUGGUUUUUACGCAGCUCGAGGACGCAAUACUUUGAGAGAGAAGCUCUGUCCGCGUGACCAAAGCGGAGCCAUGGCAGGUUUUAUGAAUUACAUUGUUUCAGAGAGGGUUUUAUUUGUUUUAUUUCAUUUUUGGCAUUUCUCCUCUGAGAUUUGAUGAUGUGUGAUAUUCCUGCUGCGGGCGGAAACGUCUAAUCCCUCUCAGAUUACAGCGCACUGAUGAGUUGCGUCCUGUCGUCCAGGGUGACACCAGGACCUUGCCAAAUGAAUUCAACUGUUAUGCCUGCGUCUUGACUGCUGAGCUGAAACCAUUCACAGCAGGCGAUUCUGUAGGCACCUGCGUCCCAAACGGUGCCAAAAACAAUGAGGAGAGCUGUACUGAAAGAAGCCGCCAAGCGAUUUCCCUGGCUGGCCAACGUCACUUUGUACGGAUGCUUAUUCGCCGGCGGUGACCUGGCCCACCAGCUCAUGGCUCAGAAGGAGCGCAUUGACUGGAAACACACUCGCAAUGUCGCCAUAGUGGCAAUCAGCUUCCAGGGAAACUUUAACUACUUCUGGCUGCGCGCCCUGGAGAGGCGUUUCCCGGGAAAGUCCGCCGGGAUGGUUUUCCGCAAACUAUUGCUGGACCAAAGCUUCGCGUCGCCUUUGGCCACCAGUGUCUUCUACACCGGCGUGAGCUUCUUGGAGGGAAAGGAGGACAUCUUUGAGGACUGGAGGGAGAAGUUCUUCAACACCUGGAAGACUGGACUCAUGUACUGGCCAUUCAUGCAGUUCCUCAACUUCGCCCUGAUGCCGUUGCACAUGCGGACUGCCUUCAUGGGCUGCUGCGCCUUCCUCUGGGCCACCUUCCUGUGCUUCUCGCGGCAGAACGGCGAUGGCACGGCCGGCGUGGCGCUCGCGUUCGUCCUGGACCCGCGUAAAACUCUGGAGGAGAUGCGCGAGGCCCGACUGGCCCGGAAGAAGCAAAAGACACAGCGGGAAAACUAAAGCAAGGAGGAAGGAGCAGAAGAGCGCCUGUUUACCUCCACUUAAAUCAGCGCAAUGAGACCUCCGUCCUCACCACCUGUCACAUACGCACACAAAGGUUUGACUGGUAUGGAUUUUUAAAAAUAAGGCUAUUUACCGGGCAUGAUGAAAAGAUUUUAAUUCUGCAUUAUGAGAGCACCCAUAGGUAUGUUUGUGUUUGGUUUGAGUGCACCGUGAGUAAAAGUCAGAAUCAUUUAACUGGUUCAUCCUCAGGGAAGCAUGAGGGCUCAUUUAAACUCAUUAUAUCCAGUUACUUAAUGUCUAGAUGCGACUAUUUUGGCCAAAUGAGGCUGCUGGUCAUGACCAAAAUGAUUAGGAUUCAACCUCAGGGAGCAUAAAAAUACACCGAGAAGCUGUUGCGAUAUUUUGCUCUGGACCAAAGUGAUGCAUCCAACACUAAACCAGCUGCAGGAUUAAAGCUUAAGAGAAGUUCUUCUCAGCUCCAAACCUCGAAGGUUUCACUUGAAAUGAAGCAGAGACAUUUCAGCUGAGGUAACAGGCCAUGGCUGCUGAGUCUGCAGCACACCGGAGCUCCUGAGGCCAGUUCUGAGGGCUGAUGUUUCUGCUUUGCACCGGUCGUGCCUUUUCUUGUUGACAAAAAGUCUGCAAAUAUGUAUACUCUAUAUUCAUGUGUGUACGUACAAUUUAAAAUGUAGUUCUGGGAUGCACUGAUGUAUCAGUUCGUCACCCUCUUAAAGUAAUGGCCUAUUUUAAGAGGGUGACGAUUGGUUAAAAAAUGAGAAAAGUUCCUCCCCCCGAGCAUGAGGUCGUGCUCAGUAAAAGUCAUCAAACCUGAGAACGCAGAUAAAGGUUCGAGCCACUGACACUGCUAUGGUGAGGAGCUCGGACCAGAGCUGCUGCUCCUUCAUGUUGGAAGGAGCCUCCUGGGCGCCUCCUUCUGGGCACGUCCAACUGGGAGGAGGCCCCUGGGUAGACCCAGAACUUGCUGGAGACAUACUGUGAUAUCUCAUCUGGUCUGAGAACACCUCAGGAUCCCCCAGGAGGAACUGGAACCUGACCUAGAAAUCACUCCAAUUCACUCCACCCUGUGAACUAUUUAGGGAAUCCUAUAUUUACUUCCCUGGAUGUACUCCAGCUUUUGAAUUAGACCAAUAUUUGUACAGUUAUCAUCACAAUGAUAACCAGAAGGGCUCCUCGUGCUAUUACAGCAGGAAAUGUAUCAGUGUGUCCCACUGCUGUUGUGUUUGGUAGUUAAAAACGUGAAACUGUGGUAUUUUAAUCCUGUCCUGUUACUUGAACCAUCCAAUACAGGCAAGUGACAAAUUAAAGGAAGGGGGGACGGGAUCGUCAUCCAUCACUGUAGAGGUCAGGAGUUCUGAGUUUUCCUUUAACUUGUCACUGAUCUGUAUUUUUGCCAUCAGCCCAAACACCUUACUGUGUUACACAUCACUUACCUGAGCUUACCUGAGCCGGACUCAUGAGUUACACGUGUUUAGAAGACUUCUGGUCGUAGUUAUCAAAGAGAUUACUGAUGAAUGAUUCGGCAGAUCAAUGCAGACUUAGAAAUCCUGUUUUCCAUGUUCAAAACAGUAAACCUCAAUGAAUGUUCAUUUAUUUGUCAAAAUAUUACAGUGGCUAAUUUACAGCCAGCUGUGAUGACCUCAGCUGUUCUGUUGUUCUAGUACUUCAAUAUUUUCCAGGACCAGGACACGUCUUUGUACAUCUUUGACACCAAUAAACCGGUCGAAAGUC